GCCCAUCAGGAUCUGAGCUGUCCUGUUUCUGGACCUUUCAACCAUGAAGCUGAUUCUGCUUUUUGGGAUUUUCCUGGGGAUCACCUGGGGCUUGGAAACGUUUGAAGGGGACCAGGUUCUCCGAGUAGAGCCAUGCAAUGACGAACAAAUUGAUUUGCUGAAAGAGCUGGAAGGCCUAAAACCUCUCCAGCUUAAUUUCUGGCGGUCUCCUUCGCACCCCAACGAACCCGCAGACGUCCAGGUACCCUUUGCUUGUCUCCAGGCUGUCAAAGUCUUCUUGGAGUUGCACCAGAUCAAGUACUCCGUCCUGAUAGAAGAUGUGCAGGCCCUGGUGGAUGAAGAAUCUCGGGAGAUGCACCUGAAUCGACAAAGGGAACGUGGCUGCAGGAAUUUUAACUAUGGUACCUACCAUACCUUGGAAUCCAUUUACCAAGCUAUGGAUGGUAUCGUGGCUGAGCACCCCCAGAUUGUGAGCAAACUCCAAAUUGGGGAGACGUAUGAAAAGCGACCUCUCUUUGUCCUCAAGUUCAGCACUGGGGGAGAGAGGCGCCGGGCCAUCUGGAUCGAUGCUGGGAUCCACGCUCGAGAAUGGGUGACACAGGCCACUGCUCUCUGGACUGCAAAGAAGAUUGCCUCUGACUUUGGGAACGAGCCAUCGCUAACCUCCCUCUUAAACACAAUGGAUAUUUUUCUGCUGGUAGUUGCAAAUCCUGACGGAUACGUCUAUUCUCACACCAAGAACCGUAUGUGGAGAAAAACCCGCUCCAAGAUUCCCGGCAGCAGGUGCGUUGGAGUAGAUCCCAACCGAAACUGGGAUGCUGGUUUUGGAGGACCCGGGGCCAGCAACGACCCCUGCUCCGACUCUUACCACGGACCCAGAGCCAACUCGGAAGUCGAAGUCCAGUCUAUUGUGGAUUUUGUCAAGGGGCACGGGAACAUCAAGGCGUUUAUCAGCAUUCACAGCUACUCCCAGCUUCUCAUGUACCCCUAUGGCUAUCAGUGCACCAAUGUUAAAGACGUGGAAGAGCUGGAUAUGGUGGGAAGAGCUGCUGCCAACGCCUUGACUUCGCUGCACGGCACCCGCUAUAAAGUUGGGUCCAUCUGCUCCGUGAUUUACCAAGCCAGUGGUGGAAGUAUCGACUGGACGUAUAAUUAUGGGAUCAAGUACUCUUUUGCCUUUGAACUGAGAGACACGGGGCGCUACGGCUUCCUCUUGCCUGCCAAACUGAUCGUCCCCACAGCUCAGGAGACGUGGCUGGGGCUGAAAACGAUCAUGGAGCACGUGCGGGAUCACCCCUAUUGAGAAGAAGAGAUGCAGGGGGGAAGAUGGGAUUGUGGCAUUAUAUUCUUACGCUAGCAGGAAGCCAAUUACAGGAGCAACAGAUCCCUUUAAAUGUCCCCCAAAAGAAAAAAAAAAAAACAGGAGCUUUUAAAUAACAAUCCACCAAUUAAUUCAGGUAUAGCAGACCUACAGAUGGCCACUGGGGGCAGCAGAGGUACAGAAAUCUCUAUGCAGCUGCUCCCCCUAAUGGUCACUGUGUUUUGUGCAUCCCAGCUCUGAUACGCCUAAACUUAUUAAAUACAGUAGCCUUCCCUCAUGGUGGCCUCUGGUGGAUUUGGACUGCAGCUCCCAGAAUCCUCUAACCAGCAGUGAGGCAUAUUUAGCCACAAGCUUCUUGCUCAGAUGGGUUGGGACUGUAUUGCCCAGCAUUCCCAGCCAGCAAUGGGGAAUUCUGGGAGUUGUAGUCCCAGCUCAUCUGAAGGCCACUGAGCAAUAUGUUCUAGCAUAUUUAGCAGUUAAGGAAUGAAGGCAAACACUGCCUGGAAUUAACUGUUCUUUCUUUUGUUACAAUUCACAUGUGGCUCCUGAGACAUCAAGAUCUUGGAUUAAGCUUUCUUCUUCAGACUUUUCUCCAGCAGUUUAUCAAUAAAGCCUGCUUCUAACUGUC